AUGGACGAGCUGCGCGUGUGGGCCGGCGUGCGCACCCCGGCCGAGAUGCUGGCGGGCUACGACACCACCGACCUGUCGUCGACCACGACCACCACCCCCUACGCCGAGGCUCGCGCCAGUAGUCUGGUGGGCCUGUUCCACCUGGACCGCGAGUCUAGAGGCGAGGGGGAGGAUGAGUCGUACGUGGCGCUCGAUUCUUCCCCGACCGGCGCCAACGCCGCGUUCGAGGGCGAGAUCGAGGGCCAGGCGCCGGUGUGGGCGACCAACUUCUUGCUGGCGCACCUCACCCUCUUCAUCUACUCGGCCCACCCGAACGACACGUUCGCGGCGCAGAUCGACGUGUCGGCGCUCAACCCGACCGAGCCCAUCUACCGCGACGGCGGCGCGGCCGUCCUGGUGAACCAGGGCAACGUCAUCACCGUCGCCGAAGGCUCACAAUUCUUUGUGGCCUAUUUCCUGACCACAUCGCCGGUGAGUUACACUGCAACGGUGCGCUACCGUGCGGUGUCGUACGACGCGAGAGCUGAGAGUGCGCUGGUGGCUUCGGAGUGGGCCGAGAUCGUGGUGCGGGUGGGGGUGACCGGGUGCGACGGCCAGGGUGGCGAGAUGGACUGGUGCGGCGUGUGCGAGGGCGAUCGGUGCGAGCCGUACGGGUGCGACGGCGAGGGCAGCCUACUCGACGUGUGCGGCGUGUGCGACGGUUACGGCGAGUCGUGCCGGUUCUCGCUGGCCAACUGGCGCGGCUACGAGACCGAGGAGCUGGACAAGAGCGUGCUGUUCUACGACCUAGCUCACUUGAACGAGGCCAUGGAGGCCAUGAAGUGCGUGGUGGACGAUGUCACCUCGCCCCUGCUGGAGAGCGACGAGCGCCGGAUCAGCUGCGCCAACGUGACCACGGCCCUGGCCAACGUCAAGCGGCUCCAGGCCAAGACCUACAUCUACAACACUCUCUUCCUCUAG